AUGUCGGGCUCUUUCUUUGGCUUCGACACUACAAUGCCCCCUUUAAAAUCAGACCAAUUAGCAGGGCUUGAUAGUAAUGGUGUGAGCACGCACCAUGACGAGACAGAGGAAGAAGAAUUGGAGAGAAAAAUUAAAGAUUUCGCUCUCGAAUCAGAGGAAGAAUUCGAGGACUUUGGUUAUGAGCAAAACUUUGAUCUGGGAACCAAAUUGGAAGAAUCAGGGGAUGAUAUGAACGAUGAGACCUUUGGAGUUGUUGUUGACGUUGGAAAAUACUUUGAUUUCACAGAAAGUAACACGAAAAUAGUGGAUACAAUACAAAAAGAGGAAGAAAUUUAUAUUGGACGAAAAGAAAAUUCAUCUCCAGAUAAUAAUGCUGAUGAGAAUAAUAAUCGAAGACCUUCUUACGCAGCUUUGUGGGGGAAUAAUUCAGACAUUAUAGUUAAUGGGAAAAAUAACCAUUCAAAUGAUAUCCCAAAUUUGUCAGAGUCUCCAAUAAGUCCAUCUAUAUGGGGUUCAUUCCAUUCAUCAUCAUCAAAUCGAAAAGAUUCCAUAACUCUUCCACAAGAAGUACCUAAUAUUUCAGGUACUUUUGAAAAUAAUCAGCAGUAUACGCCACCACCACCACUUAAUACUUCACCACCACCAGGUUUUGGUCCAUCACGUCAGCCAAAUCCACCACAUCCAUCAGCAUCACUUGAACAAAUUGAAGCACAAUUGCAUCGACAAGCCGGAAUAUCAGAAAAGAGAAUGCUAAGUCUAGCAGAAGUUGAAGCUGCUCUACUGGGUGGUGUUAACGGGAGACCACCACCACCUAUGUAUCCUUCAGCCGAAACUGUUUUUAGAGAACAAGAAAAUGGUGUUUUCUUAGAACAAGAAGCGGCUUUACUAAAACAGGAAGCUUUGAUGAUCCAAAGAGAGAGAAAACGACGAGAUAAACAACGAAAAUUGGCAGAAAUGUCAAAAUAUAAUGGUCUUAUGACACAAAAUGAUAAGGAAUUUAUCAAUCGCAUCCAAAUUUCUCAACUUGUUACAGACGAUCCUUACGCAGAUGAUUUUUAUUAUCAAGUAUAUACUGCAAUUCGAACUCGUCAGCCAAACCCUCAAAUAUUUUCGCCGCAAAUUGGUGGAGCAGGUUUUAUGGGACAAGAACGAGGUCGACACAGAAGUAGAGGAUCGGAAAGCGGAUCAUUGAAAAUGCAACAGCAAGUAUUAAGGAUUGUAAAUGAUGCUAGGAGGAAACCCAAAAUGACACAAUUGUCACUUGAGGGUGCUUUAGGAAAAAUAGCACUUAAUUCAGUUCGCAAUCCUAGGCAGUUAUUACAAGUUUCAUCAAAAAAUACUGAUUUGCAUCAUCACGCAGGACCAAAUAGCAAUGGAGGUUUUCAUCAUCAACAUCAGAAAAUUCCAUCUAUUUCGUCGCAUGGAGUCAUAGAUCAUCGUAAGGUUUUGCGUUCCAUUGAAAAUGUUUAUUCAGUAGUACUUUCUUUGGAAGAGUUAAGACGAAAUCAACCUCCUCUACCAAGACCAUAUUUUGAUCAUGAAAGGGAGGCUUUUGACAAAUGGAAUGAAGAAUACUCAGAAUAUGCAAAGACAAUGUGGGAAGAACUUCGAGUAACGGAGAUGAUUGGUGUUAGUUACCCACAUCCAUUCAUUAGCAUAUUAUCUGUUGCUAAAGGAAAGAAAGUUAUUCCUCGCGUUCUAAGGCAUUGCCUUCCUGAACAAACACUUACACUAAUUACAAUGCUUGUUGCGAAUUUUGAAUCACUGGACGUAUGUAAAGGAGCUGUUUGGGGAACACAAGAAAAUGUUGGCUCAAGGAUGUUGGAGGAAGUUGAAUUGUUUAUGAAUACAGUUGUCCCACCUUUAUUACAAUUUGUGGCGGAAGCACCAUUAAGGAUCGUCCUUGGAUUGUUUGGGUUAUUCAUUGAAAGAAAUAAUAUUGUUUGGGUGGCAAGAAGUAAGGUUGGUCUUGCAUUUUUAACAAUGUUUCUAAGUCGUGCUGAAAUUUUAAAGCAAGGUGGUGGCACUAUUCAGGAACUAUAUAAUCGUUUAUUUAGCAUUUUACAAAAUCAUUUUUUAUCACUAUUUCCGCCAUUUCUUAACGGGAUUGACGAUAUGUACGUAUGGCAAUUUCUCGCAGCGAUGGCAGUUGGCGCUUCUACAGAACAACAACAUAUAUUAGUUACCGAAGUCAGGGAAAGAGUACUUGAAACUGUAUUACAAGCUUCAAGGUUAUCAGCAGAUAAAAAAUCUCAUAAAAUAGCAAACGUAAAUUUAUUCUUAAAUGCACUGGGACUCGAUGCAUCACAACUUAAAAUUUAA